UGACAAUUUGACAUUGACGUACAUCUACUUUAUGCAAUACGGUCAAAUAUUGCUAAAUGAAAAACUCAAAAAGUGUAAUUUAAUAACUUUGCAUUAAUUUCAUCCCGGAAAAUGUUUCGAUGUGCUACAUCAGUUCUCCGGAAUAUACGACCUCUAACGAUACCCUACUUCUAUAAUGCAGCUAAAAUUAUACCCAGUGAAGUAAGGAGUUUCUCUACGUUAAACUCAAUUAACACUUCUCCGUUUACUAAUUUACGAAAUGGCUCUUUGAUAAAUAAACAAAUAUUAGAUAUUUCAAACAAUCUAGUAGUUCCUGUAAGAACAGUAACGAAAUUUAGCUUAAAAAGUGGUAAAAGGAAGACAGUUAAAGCUGUUGUGAAAAGAUUCUUUCGACUACAUUGGGGAGGAUGGAUAAGAACAAAAAUUGGUAAGCAUAAGAAAAUGUGGAAAAAAUCACCCCCGCAGAAGAGACGUCUAAGACAGCAUGUUUUUUGUAAUGGAACACAGAAUAAAUUAUUGGACAAAAUGGUUACCAGGUAUUGGAAGAAACCCAAAUAUUACGUUGAAGACCCAUAUGCUCCCUACCACACAAGAGAAGAAUUUCCCAUAACGAGGAAGAAGCCAAGACAUGAAUUUUAGAUUAUUGAAUACUUUAAUAGACAAUAAAGCGUGUUGUUUAGGUUU